AUGAGAAAAACAGUAAGAAAGAAUAAACAAGUUAAAAGAGAAUUAGCAUUAUUAGAAAAAGAAAAAGAAGAGAUUGAAUCAUUUACUAAAGUUUCAAAAACAGUAGAAAAUAAACAAUCAAUUAAUUCAAAUUGGAAUGUAACAAAAGAAAAGAUUAAAAAUAAAAAUAAUGCAUAUCAAAAGAAAAAAGAAGCAAAGUUAAAAUUAAAAUCAGCAACUCCUUAUACAAGUACAAAAGUAAUUGAAGAAAAAAAACCACAUAUUAAAGAUUUUAAUCAAUUAUGUCAAGAACAUAAUAUAAUUUCACCAAUUGAUGAUAAUUUAGUUUCACCAACUCAAAAAGAAAUUGAUAAUUUAAAUGAAAGUUCAAAAUUUUUUUCAAUUGAUUGUAAAAUUAUAGAGAUUGAAGGUAAUAAAGGUACAUUGGGUAAAGUUUGUAUAGCAAAUCAAAAUGGUCAAAUAAUUUAUGAGAAAAUAGUUAAACCAAUGGAUAAAAUUGUAGAUUUUAGAACUAAAUUCACUGGUUUAACAAGAGAUAAAGUUCAAAGAGAAGGUACAGAUUUUUUACAAGUUCAAAAGGAGGUUGAAAAGAUUUUAAGACAUAAGAUUUUGGUUGGUCAUGAUUUAGUACAUGAUUUAAAGAAUUUAAAAUUAGCACAUAAAAAGAAAUUAUUAAGAGAUGCAACUCAAUUCACUAAAUUUUUUAAUCCAGAUACAAAUUCUGAAGAUUCUUUAAAAUCAAUUGCAAAACGUGAAUUAAAUUUCUCACCUGAUAAUUGGGAUCCAAAUGGAAAGAGAGAUACUAUCAUCAACGUUAUUUUAUAUAAACAAAACCAAAAAGAAUGGGAAGCUUUUAUUAAUAAUAAGUUUUAUGGUCAACCAAUUGAUAAAAAUUAA